AUGUCUGCGGUGUCUGCAGUGCAUGUGGUGACCGUGGAGACAUGGAUCCCCCACGACACCGGAGAACCUCGGACUGCAAACAACAGUGCCGGUGCUGUGCCAGUGACACAGCCGACUGAACUCAACCUUGUGAGGCUGAGCGCCUUGGCUGUAACGUUCCAGCUCGUGACGUGCCAACUACGUGCCAAUUACGCCUUCAUCUCAGAAAGCCUCUUUGCUUCCAAGUCCGAUAUGUACACGAAAGCCAUCGAGGCUUGGCACAUCUGCACCGAAACCCUGGGUGGUGCUUUCUGGGAGUUUCGGCUGAGUGGCGAGGAUUGGCCGGAGCUCUGGGAUCGAGUGCAUCGAGAGCUUGUGUUUGCAAAGGGCCAGGACCUGCACUUUUUCAUGUGCGCCCCGAGCCCAGCAGAGCAUCCGAAUUUGGAACCCGCGAUCCCUCCAAGUCCUGCCUGUGCCAAUGUGUCAGCAUUGCUUAAAGAAGCCGUGCCCAUAACCCUGGACCACGGUCUGCGGCUACAUGGAAAGCUUCUGGAGAUUCGCAGUGCGCCGCGGACUGCGCACUACGCCUUGGGCGGCAUCGAUGCUGAUGUCCUCGACCGCCUGCUUGCAUCUGUGAAGACACGCGCGGUGGCGCACGAGCCUUCCGGGGACACGCCGAGGCUCCGUGCGGCGGUCUGCAUCGCGGGCCUGGCCCGCAGCUUCCACCUGCCCCGCGUCUUCGAGUCUUUGGCCAUGGCAACCCGGAGCCUGAAAGCCGAAACGCAGCUCUUCUACGUGCUUGACUUGCAAGGCCGUCCCUAUGAGGAGUUCAACGACGCCUUCGCGGCCUUACCCCCAGACGGCAUGGUGCUCUACGACGAGAGCCGGGGUACGGGACUGAGGCUGCCUCAGUGUCAGUGGGCGACGCCCGGCCAUGUUCACAAGCUCUUCGAGAAGCUCCGCAGCUGCUUUCACCUCAUCACAGCGGCCGAGCAAGAGCAGCACGAACGCUUCGAUUGGAUCGUGCGGCUGCGACCAGACUUCGAGUGGUUGGCGCCCAUCGGGAACCUCAGAGAGUUUGACGCCGAGCAGCUGCACAUCGUGCGACACUGGAGCUCACCGUGGAAGUUCUACGACACCACAGACUUCUUCGCCUUGGUGCCACGACCGCACCUGUGGGCGUACUUUGGCAUCGGCUGCCCAUCGCAGCGGUCCCUCCUUGCCGCCAAGAUGGAGAACCCCUGCUUCGGCCUCCUCUGCAAUGCCACAAGUUGCGUGGCACAGGCUGAGUGCGUGCUUCAGGUGCGCCUCCAGGAGCGGAAUCUUCCUGUCGAGUCCUUUCCGCCGGUGAUGCGCAUGGCGCACGAGCCGCGUUGCCAUCCGGGCGAUCGGAAGUGCCUUGCGGGUUGGCGGAACUUGGCACGCUGGCCCUUCGAGACGUUCUAG